CACCACCAGCCCCACGGCCAAACACCCCUUUCUUACCCCCUCAACGCUCGCAACAACCACCACCGCAAACCACCCAAUCACCCCUCCCAGUUCGACCACCACCCCCCCAUGCCCCCCUCAUCACCCCACCCGGCCUCAAGGCGCGCCUACCGGUCCUAGCCCAGGUAGCAACCCAACCCCCAUCCCCUCCCUCCAUGUCUCCACCGGCGCGCGCCCCCUUGCCCGGCACGGCCGCGGCGUCGGCCUACCGCCCGCACCGUCCUUCCCGGCUCAAAUAUUGCUCCAGCCCCGGCGGCGGCAGCGAGACCCUCUCGUUUGAGGCGGUCAUGCGGGACGCCGGGUGUGGACCCCGGGAUGGGUGUAGGAUUGGGUGCCUGUGCGAGGAUUGUUUGAGGGAGUGGGGCGGGGAUGGGGGUGGGGGUGGGGAUGGUGAUACUGAUAGUUGGGAUGCUGGUUAUGGUGGGGGGCGUGGGGGUGAUGCUUGUGGGUGGGAUGGGGAUCUGGAUGGGUGGGAUACGGAGGAGUGGGAUACGGACGAGUGUGAAGGGGCGGAUUUGAUGGAGAGCUUGAGCGGGGCGGAGAGGAGGGCGGUUGAGGCGGCGGCGGAGGCUGAGGUGGAUGCGGAGGUGGAGGCGGAGAGGGAGAGGGAGAGGGAGCUUCUUCUUCUUGGGAGUGAUGAUGGGGAUGGGUGGGAGACGGAUAUGUGUGGCUGUGACGCGGAUGGGAGUGGCAUGGAUGGAUGUGACGGGGAGGAUUUGAUGGCAGCGUUGACCGAGGCGGAGAAGAGGGCUGUUGAAGCGGCAGCGGAGGAGGAGUUUCUUCUCGGCGGGGGGUCGGAGGUGGAUGAGAGUUGGGACGAUGCUAUAGUGGUUGAGAAUGGCGAGGAAGGUGGUGAUGGUGAUUGGGUUGUGUUGCCACCGGUUGGGGUUGCUAGGAAACGGGGGAAAGAUUGGGAGGGUGGACAGGAUUGGGGAUACUGCGGUGUUGAGAGCUUGGAGUCGUACACUGAUUCGGAGCCGGAUCCUGAUACUCCUCCGUCGGAAUGUGGUUCUUAUUUAGACGUUGGGAAGGAUGGGAACUAGGAUCCGGUUUGGCGCCUGCAGUGUGUUGUUAGCACGGGCCAGCGAAGAGAAGGAUGCGAUUGCUAGAACUAGUCGGGGUGGACAGCGCGAGUGAGGGUCCCGGCUAGGAAACGGGCUAGGGCAUUACAGGAGGGGGUUGGCUAGGCUACGGAUGUCGCAAGAGUCUGGUUUUCUUUUAUUUUCCUUUAUUCUUUAUAUUGGUAGGGGCACGCCUGCUCAACAGCGAUCAUCGCUUCUCUCCUUUGGUUGGGUUUCGGCUUCGGCAAUACGGGGCGGUUCACUGCGUUUCCAUUCGUACUUUCACUACUCGUAUGGUCUCGGC